AUGUGGACUCCAAAUCAAAUUCAGCUGAUUGCGCAUCCAGAGGUCUGGAUACGGGACGCGGAUCAGUUUCUGGUAAGGUUAAACAACUCACAAGUCUGUUUGAAUAUUUCAGAAAAGAACAUAGAAAAGGAAGUCAAAAGCAAUUGUCUGACUGCAUUAGUAGAGGCAGCUCCUGAUCAUCCACUUGAUCAUCUUGUUCAACGAGUAUCUUCAUGGUUGACGCUCGUUCACACGGUUGGCUAUGUCCUUCGCUUUCUACGGUGCACGAAGGGUCCUUUCGGGGACAAGGGCUCAAACUGUCUUACGUUUGAGGAAAUCACCGCGGCACGCAUUGUAUGCUUGCGCCACGCGCAAACCUGCUUUCAGGAUGACUAUCAAUUGCUACUCGCAAAUAAACCAUUGCGAAGUCGAUCUCAGCUGGCUAAACUCUCGCCAAUGAUCGACAAGGACGGACUACUCAGGGUUGGAGGACGCUUGCACCACUCGCAAUUGUCCACAGAGGCGAAACAUCCAGUUUUGCUACCGAAAUCUCAUCGCAUCACCAAGCUGAUACUUGAAUACGAACACAGGGUCAACCUGUACCCUGGCGUCUCAUCACUCUUUGUUAUGGUACGUCAAACAUUCUGGAUAUUUGGCGCAAGGAACUUGAUAAGGAAAGUCACACACGACUGUUUGGCUUGUUUUCGACAGCGGCAUCAUACAUCACAACAAAGGAUGGCUGAUCUACCCAGCAUUCGUGUCACUCAGGCACUUCCAUUUGUAAACACUGGAUGUGACUAUGCUGGUCCAAUCCUUCUUAAGGAUGGAAAGGGGCGCAAACCGCGCAUUGGUAAGGGCUACAUAUGCCUAUUUGUUUGUCUGGUCACAUCGGCAAUCCAUCUGGAACUUGUAACGGACUUGAGCACCGACUUAUUCUUGGCCGCGCUAAGACGUUUCGUCUCUUUGCGUGGCAAGUGCAACAAAAUCUAUAGCGACAACGGAACGAAUUUCAUUGGAGCUAAACGCUCUCUUGAUGAAAUGCAGAAGCUGCUGGCAUCUCAGCCACACAUCGAAAAGGUUAGGAAUGCUCUGGCGAAUGAUGGCAUUCAAUGGAUAUUCAUUCCACCACAUGCUCCUCAUUGGGGAGGAAAAUGGGAAUCUGCAGUCAGAUGCGUAAAGCUGCAUAUUCGCCGAGUCAUUGGGAAAUCUACUCUCACCUACGAGCAGAUGCGAACUCUACUUGCACAAGUCAGUGCGGUGGUCAACUCACGACCCUUGUGCUACAACUCGGACACAGAUAUCAAUUAUUUGUCGCCAGCACAUUUCUUGAUCGGCAGGCCUCUCACAACUAUACCAAAGGCAGACUUAGGCCACAUCCCCGUGGGCCGACUUGGGUACUGGCAAAGUAUCCAAUCUAUGAUGCAAGGUUUCUGGAAGCAAUGGCACCAGGAGUAUCUUACCACAUUGCAACAGCGUCCAAAGUGGGCCACUACAACACCAAAUGUAGCAGUGGGAGAUGUGGUGCUUGUAAAGGAAUCGAACACCCCACCAGCUCACUGGCAUCUGGCGCUGGUUCUCGAAGCCUACCCAGGCAAGGAUCAAUUGGUUCGAGCGGUUAGACUCAAGACCUCUUCGGGAGAAUUAACUCGGCCAAUCACCAAGGUUGCGGUAUUGCCCCGUUCAGAAACUGUGUUUCAGGGCGGGCCGGGAUGUUCAGGAACGGAUUGCGUUUAUCGAUAA